GGGAGCCGGCCCGCGGGGGUGCCGAGUCGCGAGCGCUCCCGUGGCUGCCCCCCUCAACCCCCCUCGUCGCCCGCCCCGACAUACAAGGACGGUCAGCUGGCCCCGUUCGAAGAAGAAAAAACGGCAUGAGCAUAAACGGUUGACGCUCCGCGCGGAUUUCUUGGAUUCGCGAUGGGCACCCCUGGCGGCGCCUGCGACUCCGGCGCCGCCCCUGGCGCGCUCCGCGCGCCAGGGAGGGGGGCUCAGCGCGGAUACGAGAAAUCCGCGCAGACCGUUAAAAGUUUAUGUUUAUGUUUGUUUUUGCUCCUCUGCCCGUGGGAGACGACCAUGGAUGUGGGCGGCGGCGAGGGGCACUUCGACUUCGUCGAGAUCGGCACCUCGCACUUCCACACCCUCACGCAGGCGGCCGCCGCACACCCAGACGGCAAGCCCAACGCCUGGCGCUACCUGCGGUGGUCCCACGACCCGACCUCCUUGCGCGGGCUGGCGGUAGACAUGGAGGAGAGGUAUCUCCGCCUGCUGCCCGACCUGCCCCACGUGAAGAAGGUGCAGGCCGCGGUCUCGGACCGAGACGGCUCGCACACCAUGCACCACGUGCCUCUCCGAGACAUCGGCCGCUGGGAGCGGGCGCUGGCGGCCCGGGGCAGCCUGUGGGCCUACCGGGCCGUGCGCAUGGCGCGGGGCUGCAGCACCCUGGGCCGCCACAGCCUGACGAGGAGGAACUUCGGCAAGCUCGGCCUGAGGCACCUCAUCCGCACCAAGCGCGUGCGCAUCAGGAGCAUGGGCACGCUAUCCAGGGGAGCACGGGGUGAAGAGCAUCGGGGUCUUGGCACUGGACUGCGAGGGCCACGACUGCAGCAUCCUCAACGGGCUCCUGCGGGCCUGCAAGCUGCGCCCCGAUUGGCACCCGUACUGGAUCUUGUUCGAGACGAACGGCAUGAACGACGACGUCUUCGGCCCUGGCACCGAGAGGCGGACGAUUCGAAAACUUAUAAGGCGAGGAUACAAGGUGGUGUACGGAGGCGGUUUGCGUGAGAGCGGGAAGCGAGAUACCGUGCUCAAGCGCUGUUGGUGAGGGCGGCGCGGGCGCCACGUCGACGAGGCGCCAGCGUGGUGUGUGCAAAA